AUGACAAACACCACACUCGAUUCAUUACUGAAGACUGAUUUUGAACAGAAUCAAGUUCUGUGGAACAACCUCCAAUUUCAUUCGCAUAGUGCUCAUCAUCUCGGUGCAUUAGCAUCACUAGGUGCCAGUGAUCAGCAACUCAUGGAUAUUUAUACAAACACUAUGCGCAAUUACGCCGAAAAGUAUGAACCAUCACCACACGAAAUUACUGAUGAAAAUUGGCGUAACUCUCUUAGUGAUCGACGAUUCUGUAUGGCUUAUCGAGAUUUCUUUAAUAAAAAACUACCGACGCAGGGUGAUUGGAAAGGUGAAUUCUUCAAAUUGCUUCUUGACGAUAAAGAUGGACUACCACUCAUUGAUGCAUCACUUAGUGGUUUGCUUCAUCCGAUUAUUCAUAUAAGUUACGCUAUAGACUUAAACAGUCGACCGGUAGCAUGUGAAGCCUUAACUAUGACAGCCGUAUGUGUUGAUAGUUUAUAUAAACCGCCUGCCAAAUUAGAGCCUCCAGCAAACGGAAUAAAAGGUGCUCUUCAAGUUAUGAAGGAGAUACGUUCAGAAGAUUAUGCACCAACCUUAGAUGAACCAGCCCAAUUUGAUAGUGUAUUAAAGAAUGAAUCUCUUCUUCUCGCAUACUAUAACGAAUGGCAAAUGCCGGCAGAUCUUGACAAGGCAAUCGAAGAGUUAUUUGACAUGAGUGUCUAUAUCUAUGGUGCUACACAUAAACCUGACCAAAUCGAUUUUGACUUCGGUCUCUUGCAUCUCCUAACGGGAAUGAAUGCCAUUCGAACAAUUCAACCAUAUUUAGAUGAAAACACGGUCAAAAGACUUCUCUGUUGUUUCUUCUAUUUAUCUCUGGUUAUGUAUAUCAGUCAACGUCAACCAAAAAUUAAUGAACAUUUAAUCAAUGAUUAUCAGAUCGAAGAAGAUAAACGUAAUUGGGAAUAUGUCGUUGAUCGAACAUUACAUACGAAACUAGCAACAGAAGUUCAUUGUGUUAAGGUUAUUCGUACAUUAAAGGAUGCCGAAGCAAAGUAUGGAUCAAAAAAUGGAUUCUACUUGAAAACUGCUAUUAAAUCAGUUGAUAAUUUAAAUGUAGACAAACCAUGGAACUAUUAUAAAUCACAUGAACCAUGGAUUGGAAUGUCCGACGCAGAUCGAGAAUUAAAUGUGAAACACUAA